AUGAGUGCUCAAUUUUAUAACUAGAAUAAAAAUUCCUAUCCUGAACUCUAAGAUUUUGAUCAUGCAAUGAGACAUCUCUAUUAUACAUAGAAUCCUAUCACAGAUUAAUUAAUAAAUAAAUUUCAUAGUAAAUAUGCUGUUAGAGAGUAUAUGUUAAGAAAAUUCAAUACAUCAACAAACAAUAGACAAUAAAUGAAUAAAUUAACUGAAUCCAAUCUCUUUCUAGAAUAUGAAUUAAAAAAGAUUAAACCUCCCUCUGAGAAUCUUUAUGCAGAAAGCAACAAAAGACAAUAAGUGUACCCUAUGACUGAAGCUGUUUAAAAAAUAUUAAAUGAUGAAUAUAUUUAUUAUAAUAAUAAAUAUAUUUGA